CCGGAGCAAACCGCUUGGCGCUCGGAACUUGGUUGGCUUCUGAGUCCUCGCUGCUCGGUCUCUCCAAGAAUGUUGGGACGUACACCGCGAUCUCGUCCGCUCACAAGACUAGUGGCUCUUCCCGCAAGGCGAGGAGUUCAAGUCCAGAUGCGCUUAGCACCUCAGAAAACAAAGCCUCGGGUGCCACAACAACAGAUCCUUAAGGAGCCCGUUGCGGUCCCCGGCACUUCACAAGAUAGGGUCUUUAAAAAGGAACGUGUAGCCGAGUAUGCUCCUCCUGACUGCUCCUCUCCGGUUGCCCGUUAUAACCAGCUUGUGAAGAACAAUGCCCUUCGCCCGGAUCCACAUCAAGCCGGGAUAAUCGCCAUCUUGCAAGGCUUGCAUGAUAGGCUAGAGUCAUACACACAGCCCGAUGUGGUCGUCACACAGAAAUUAUCUGCGAGGCUGCUUCAGCGGUUCUUCUCAAGCUCAAAUACUCCCUCAUUGCCGCCGCUCACUCCGAACAUUCCUAAAGGUUUAUACCUACAUGGUGACGUUGGGACGGGGAAGUCCAUGCUCAUGGACCUGUUUUACGACACGUUGCCAGCCAAGAUAGAUCGCAAACGGAGGGUUCACUUCCACGCAUUCAUGAUUGAGAUUCAUAAAGCAGUUCACGCUUUGAAAGCCGCCGACAAUGGCAUCGAAGACCCAAUACUACCAGUGGCUGCUAACUUGGCGUCAAAGAGCACGGUCUUGUGUUUUGAUGAGUUUCAGGUGACAGACAUCGUAGAUGCGAUGAUUCUACGUAGAUUAUUAGAAUGUCUGGUGAACUAUGGAGUCAUACUUGUUAUGACCUCCAAUCGGCACCCCGAUGAUCUUUACAAACUAGGGAUUCAACGAACUAGUUUCCUUCCAGCGAUUGAGUUGUUAAAGGAGCGUUUCCUUGUUACCGAUUUGAAUUCCGAGACUGAUUACCGCAAAAUCCCUCGUGCUCUCUCCAACGUCUGCUACCAUCCCAUCAAUCACGCCAACCGUCGCGAAUUUGACAAGCUCUUCAAGGCGCUUGCUUCCGGUUCCGGUUCCCCAAUUAUCCAUAACCGUUCAGUACCUAUCUGGGGCCGAUCACUUGUAAUCCCCGAAUCGGCAAAUGGAAUUGCUCGAUUUUCGUUCGAAGAUCUCUGCGGCAAACCCUUGAGUGCUGCCGAUUAUCUGGAGGUUACGAAGACAUUCGGGACGGUCUUCUUGGAGGAUGUGCCACGUUUGUCGCUCAACACGAAGGAUAAGGCUCGGCGGUUCAUCACCUUCAUUGAUGCGUGCUACGAGAGUAAAACGAAGCUGUUCACUCUCUCCGAAGUCCCGAUCUUUGAGAUCUUCUCCAAUGAAUCGGCCAAUGGGCAGAUCACGGAUCAUAUGCGAAGUGUUAUGGAUGAUCUCGGUCUCCCAGCUGACGUCGUCGGCUCCAGCUCAAUCUUCACUGGCGAAGAGGAGAUAUUUGCGUUUGCCCGUGCAUGCUCGCGCCUGGUGCAGAUGAGUUCGAAGGAAUGGGCUGAGACUUCUGCGCGGUCAGCUACCCCUACACUUGUCGCACAGAAUGAGAUGUCGAUCGGAGGAAAUUUGCACUCAACUUUACGAACUUCUGCACAUGCAUAAUGCUCUACAAUUCUGCACACUUACAUUAUCCUACACAUAAUUAAAUUGUUUACUAUCAUUGUAUAUACGGACACCAUAACUGAACAGUGCACUGUACAAGACA